UAUGGCGCCAGGCAUGACAGAUUUCGUUAUCAGUGUCUCAAGUGAUGUGUCAAACGUGACAUGAGUUUUCUUUCAAAUUCCGUAUGAUAGUUUAAUUAAUACCAUUGUACAUUAUCUAGAACGAAAUGGGUAUUUUCUUUGCAAAGAAAAAGCCACCGAGCCGUGUUACCGAACAGGACAAGGCCAUUUUACAACUGAAACAAACUAGGGAUAAAAUCAAGCAAUAUCAACGAAGAAUCGAGCAAAGUCUUGAAAAAGAACGGUUACUCGCAAAAAAACUUAUACAAAAUAAACAAAAAGAACGUGCUUUACUUCUUCUACGAAAAAAGAAAUUCCAAGAACAAAUAUUAUCAAAGACUGAUGGACAGCUAGAGAACCUUGAACAUAUGGUACAUGAUUUAGAAUUUGCACAAAUAGAAUUGAAGGUUGUAAAUGGCCUAAAAGUGGGUAAUACUGCAUUGAAGAAACUACAUGAUUUAUUAUCCAUUGAUGAAAUUGAAAAAGUUAUGGAUGAGACUAAGGAAGGAAUUGAAAAACAAAGGGAGAUUAAUGAAAUAUUGUCUGGAGAACUUACAGAGAAUGAUGAGAGUGAAGUUGAAGCAGAGCUUAAUGCUUUGUUAGCGGCAGAAAUUGAAGAAGAGGCACCAGAAAUACCAGAGGAUGUAACAUUACCAGAAGUACCAGAGGAUAUAACAUUACCAGAAGUACCAGAGGAUAUAACAUUACCAGAAGUACCAGAGAAAUUACCAGAAAAGAAGAUAGAGCGUACGAAAGAAAGAACGAAAGAAACUGUUGCUUUGGAAGCAUGAACAGUUCCAAAAUCGAGCCACGAAUCCAUCGUUUAUUUUACCGGUGACCACCUACGUUUUCAUAAUAUUUGCAUCUCGUGUCUUGUACCGAACAACGUCAACGUCCAACGACUUUGUUAGAUUCAACGAAGCUUGUUUGUGCAGCAGAAAACGUCGUUUGAAUAGACGAUGUCUGAUGUAUUUAACUUGGUCUGUCGAAUCCAGAUAAGACCAGCUUACGGCGCCAAUAACAACGUUCGAAUUGUUUUAACAAAUCUCAUGGCGCCUACGAAAUCGUUUCGUAGUCACUAAACGAUUAACACAAUUUCAAUGGUCAGGGACAGAAUCCUGACAGUCUGUCGAUCAAGUAAUAAUUACUAAUAAUCAAUUAUCGUUGAUUAAUCGUGUUGUUCACCCAGAAUUGUACAAAUAAAAGCGUAUUCGCGCCUAACGAUUGCGGUAUCAAUUACGACGCUAAUUGUCCCCGAAAAUUGUCUCUCUUUACGGUUACUUGCAACUCAAUAAAAUUUUUAUCCAGA